AUUCAAAUGUACUCUACCCUUUCUAUUAAUUCUAAAGAUAGCUUAGAAGAAUUCCUAUCUUUAUAUCAUUGUAAAGAUCCACAUUAAAAAACUCUCUUAAAAAAAGAAAGGGAAAUCAUUCAAUACCUAAAAUCACUUGGUCUUCAAAUGAAAACAGAUCCACUUCUUAAAUAUCAACAAAAAAAUAAGUAUUCAAUUAUUCUAUCUAGUAUUGUAUUCCAAAGUAAUAACUCCUUAGAUCAAGAGAUAGUAUUAGAAAAAAAAGAAUCUGAAGAUGACUAUGAAGAUGACUAUGAAGAUGACUAUGAAGAAAAGGAACUAGUAAUUUCCAACAAUCCUAUUAUUUAAAAAAGAAAUAGUUAAAAACUAAUUAGAGUUUUCUCUUUUGAGAACAAUAACAAUAAUUCAUUCGAUAAUGAAUAGUAGAACUCCUCAUUGGUAUCAACAUGAU